AUGACCCUGAGAGAUGACCACCAUAGGGUCGUGACCUUCUUUAGCACACACAUCGGCACCGCCCCCACGGCCACAGCAGGAGGACGACAUUGGGGAACGAGAAAGUCAGGUACUACUCAUGUGACGGCGCAAGAGCCCAUCCUGGUCGAGCACCAUCCCAGGUGUGGAGCUACUCGAGGCAGCAUGACAUUAUGCCACAUGGAGAUGGGGAUGGCCAUGCCCGCGCCAAUGCUGUCGGCCGACGUCGGUGAGAGCAUCACGGUCGACAACGGCUCCAACGACCUCUCUAGGAGCUUCUCCAUGAGAUCCUCGGACGACACCAACUCCAAUAUCAUGUUCUCCACACCCGGAAGCAAGAUGGACAAGGUGCUCAUUGACAGCGAUGGUGGCAUGAUCACCAACCUCAGCAAAAUCGAAUCCCAAGAAAGAAGAGCUAGUAAUAGCAAGAAGCUAAGGAGGCUGCAAGACCUCGUGCCCAAUAUGGACAAGCAAACAACUGCAUCAGACAAAGAUCUAGAGUACCUGCUCAUAUCUGGUGAGCGGGUAGUCUCUCGCCCCAAACGCCUAAGCUCCUGGUGA